AUGAUCCUAGGGAUUACCGAGUGUCAGGUCGUGAAGUGGCUUGUAAAACCUGGAGAUGAGGUCCAAGAGUUUGACCCAAUCUGCGAGGUGCAGUCAGAUAAGGCGUCGGCAGAGAUAACAUCGAGGUUCAACGGCCGGAUAACCAAGCUUCAUUAUGAUGUCGACGACAUGGCAAUUGUGGGAUCACCUCUGAUUGACGUCGACGUCGAAAAUGGGGAUUCUGAUCCACAGGUGGAGCCAUCACAAGCGCCUGAACAGGACACAGAUAUUGACUCGUCCAACACGCAAGAGACCAUCUCGGAUACCGCACCAGACUCGGAACAGCCACCAGUGACCAGGACGAUAGAUGAGCGUCAUUCAUCGCCGACAUCAAGCCGCCGCCUGGGUGGAACCACCCACGCCAGCCACACUGCGACUCCUGCUGUUCGCGCGAUGCUUAAGCAGCAUAACAUCAAGAUUGAGGACGUCAAGGGUACGGGUAAGGAUGGACGUGUGACGAAAGAGGAUAUGCAGCGGCACCUUGCUCAGCUCGAGUCGCCAACGCGAACGCCAACGCCGCCACUGAGCGACUUGGAGACCUCUGUGGCCCAAGAUCGAACCAUACCGUUAAAAUCCAUCCAAGCCAAGAUGUUUGAGUCGAUGACCCGAUCAUUGACCAUUCCGCACUUCCUCUACAGCCACUCCGUGGACAUGACGCUUGUUAACUCCCUUAGAAAACGAAUCAAUGGUGACUCGGGCCUAGCUGCGGCGAUACAACACCCAUCAUCUGUUGCGCCUCACCUCACGACGCUACCGUACAUCAUGAAGGCUGUUUCGCAUGCCUUUCUCCAUUUCCCACUCAUGAACUCCUUACUGGAUACAACCAGCGAACCAGGCCAGCCAAACGUCAUUAUCAAAGCAUCGCAUAACUUUGGCAUCGCUGUUGACACUCCUCGAGGUCUAGUGGUGCCGGUCAUUCGGGACGUACAAAGGCUGUCUGUGUCUGAUCUAGCCACGCAGAUUGAGAGACUCAGCGGCCUGGCGAGAGACAAUCGACUAUCGCCUGGUGACUUGGUGGGGGCCACUUAUACCUUUAGCAAUAUGGGUAGCAUCGGAGGCGGUGUCAUCAGCCCCAUCAUUGUUCCACCCAUGGUCGGGAUUUUGGGUAUUGGAAGGAUGGGCCAUGUUCCAGUCUUUGAGACAGAUGCCAAGGGUGUGGAAAACGUGGUCAAGAGAGAACAAGUGACGCUGAGCUGGGCUGCUGAUCACAGAGCAUUAGAUGGAGCUACAGUUGCAAGCGCAAGCAUGGUUGACUAUGAUAUCUAG